AUGCAGGUUACAAUGCCCAAUGGUUUGUGGCUGUGUACACAGCGCAAAGUUACUUUGAAAUACUCCCGUCCACGCUACCAUACGUUCAUUAUAACUCGGGAAGAUGGUAGCCGUGUAUACGGCCUUGCGUUGUUAUUCCUGACGGAGUUGGCUCACGAAAACGUGAAGGAAGCAGUGUGUUCACUUCAGGAUCUGUGCUUGGCAGAAAACCCGUCCAUCACGAAAGAUGUCGAUGACAUGACAGACUGGCCGUCACUUUUCGAUAAGAAUCGGGACACGCUGUACGCGAUGAAGGCGAUCGGACUGCUUUCUCGAUACCCUUUUAUCCAUGGAUUGUUUGGCUGGCUGGAGGAUUUGUGGGCUGCAAUGUUCAUCGCUUCUCCUAAUCCAGAUAUUGCGAUUGAGUCUUACAUUGCCAAACUGCUGUACGCCACUCCCCUUCCUGAGGCCGGUCAGUUUGUUUCUUUCCGUGGACCGUUCCGGAAGCAUCUUGGUUACUAUCCAGCUCCGCUUAAAUCGAUAGGAUCGCUCUUGGACGGAUCGUUCCAGUCACCUGAUGCAAUGGAACUGCCACUGUUCGAAUACUCAUUUUUGGAGUUGUUACGGUUGCUUCCUUUAGACGGUCUGCUGAAGCUGUUUGCCUGUGUUUUGAUGGAACAUCGAAUCAUACUUCACUCAACCGUAUACUACCGCCUGAUGCUGGUUGCCGAAUGCAUCACCUGCUUGCUCCUUCCUUUCUCGUGGUCACACGUGUACGCGCCCAUUCUUCCUCUCUCAUUGGUGCAUUUCGUUGAUGCCCCGGUUCCAUACAUCAUGGGGAUUAAGCAGUGUGAAUUUAUGGUUGCUUCACAACAUCAAAUCGAUUCAUCGUCGUCCGAUACGUGGUCUCUGCACGACUGUCACGUUGACUGUUCAGACAACACCGAGUUGGCCAGUGAGGUAGGCACCUUUUCUCCAUUUGCUUGUUUUGACGACCUCCCUUUCCUCUCUGCUCACGGAGAAUUUUUCCUUGAGUCCAGUAUCUUUUCACAAAUCCCUCAAGCGUAUCUUCUGUUUCGUUUGUUGUUACAGGCCAAUGUGUGUCACGUCUAUAUAGACGAGGGUCGUGUGCUUGUGCCCGAUGAGGUACCACAAUUUCCCAACGCCGAACAUAUUAAGCAUACUGUCACCGGUUUACUCAGGGAUGCUGCUUUGGCCGCCUCAGGAGUAGUCAGACGCCCUGAGUCAACCGCUUCGUUGUUACCUCCAGUACCUAGACCGCGUCCACCUUCCGAUCUGAACAUGUCCCGUCGCGGGGCACGGAACACAGCUCAAAUAUUGGUGACGUCUACAGACCCGUGCUCAUCCACGCAAGCAUCCGAGGUCCCAGUUAUCUUUGAUGUUGGUGAAAAUGAUACUACUUCAGCAGACGCCUUUCAGACAGCGCCGGAUCAGUACAAACGAACUUGCGUCCAAACUGCUCGGGGCAUAGUCACUGAGGAGGAUUUUCCGAGCUACACCCGUCUGCUACACUUCAACACCGCUGUAAGAACAAUUUUUCUACGAAACUUCGCCAGCAUUUUCCGAGACUACGAAAAGUUUUUGGUUCACGAUCAGAAUGCACCUGGGGAUUCUACAGCCAUUGUUUCCACAAGGUCCACUGGCGGUCUUCAUGCCUUUGACAAGGUUGGGUUCCUCAGUGAUCAACCGGAAACACACUUGCCUUUUCUGUGUGCCUUCUUAGAAACACAGAUGUUUGCCGGGUUCCUAGACUGCUGCGUUCGUCGACAGUUGAGCCCAAUGGAUCCUCCGCAACCUCAUCAGUUUGCAACUAGUCCACUGGCAUUACUCAAUUUACGUAUUUUUGACAGCGUCAUUGCACAGAUUGUUGAAUCAGCCAUCCGAUGGCCCGGAAACCCGACGUCACAUGUCACGACUGGCUUGCAGGACGGUGUUCGAAGCUCCCAUCGCAAUGCGCAAGCUUGCGCUGGCUCCAAUGACUCCAAGCCUCAUCCGUCGGCUCCUCUUCCGGACCUGCUGAGCGAGACCACCACUGAAUCCCAGAAGUUAGGACCAUCAGGUUUAGAAAGGAUUUCAGCGGGAUUUCCACGUAUGAUGCGAUCCGUAGACAACGUUUCUCCGAAUCCCAUGACUCUUCCUAUCCGAACCGUGGGUUUAGGAUACUUUCCCGUACUGUGUGAACAGCUGCUGACUCCCUCUUUGGCCAUACAGACAGGCAGUGGGCUUCCCGUUUGUCACUCUCUCGUUUCCCUGCCACCUAGAUUGACUGAUUCUUCUCAUGGUCGUGUAAACGCCCCCACAAAUUCCGCACCCGUGUCUCCUCCAUUGGUCAAUCUGACCUCCAGUAGUGUCGGAAUUCAACCUUCUAUCGGACGACUUGGUCCCGGUUCUCUGUCCACCCCCACUAAGCGAUCUGCUCCAGUUUUGACUGCCACGAAUGGAAACAUCCCCUCAUCGCGACCAGCCGAGGAAGAAAGUACAGUGGUGUUGAAGUCGAGAGCUGUCCCAUUGUUCGCCAAUUCUCAUCAGUUUUCGAACAUUCAGCGAUCAGGGAUGGCUCAGGCGAACUGGGAUUUUGUUGACGCCUUGCUUGAGGAGUGUAAACAUCGUACGAAACGAAUGGUUUUGAAGAAAAUGGGCCAAGAAGCUGUGGAGUUAGGUCACGUGGAUCCAACUGUGUCAGUGGUUGAAGAGAACACCUUAGUUUCGGGUCUUUGCGACCUAUUGGAGCGUAUCUGGUCUCAUGGGCUGAUACACAAAUCGGGCAAAUCUGCACUAUGGUCUCAUCUACUUCAGUAUGUGCGUAAACAACAGCAUGUCACUCAAAAACGGCCCGUAGGUCCCCAGCCAGGCACGACUUCAACUCCAGUUGGACCGAGCAGUUCCUCGUCUACUUCAUCAUCGUGUGGAAACUCUCCGACACCGUCGUUACACGUGCGUAGACCUUCGUUAGAUGCCACACUGACCUUGACAGGGACUUCGAAACCGGAUCCUGUCACGAAAAAUGGCGAUGGAUCUUCAAGCCAGCAUUCGAAGCCGGACACAUCUGAAGCGCCCGCUGUAGCCACCACACCUAGUAACCAGCCUCCACCUAAGAGCGACAGGUCGAUCAGGGCCGUCUCACUUUCUCGCUUCCUAUCAUCGGAUUCAUCUUCGACUGGAUUUCAGUGUUCGGCCGACCGUCCUGGGUCCAAGUCAGGUCCUUAUCUGUUUGACUGGCGUUCAUUGACUCCUGGCCGGAGUACCAGCACCGGUAGUAACGUAAAGUCGUCUCCAUUUCGCCUCCCAGCUCAUCCAGGCAUAUUGACGGCCUCAGGAACUUCGCUUGGUGGAGUCGGUUCUGUUGUGGACUUGUCUAGCAUAUUUGGUUCUCAGAUAAUGGAUCAUUCACUGGUCAAAGAUGUGCUGGCUGUUCGAGGCCUACGUGGUGUGAAGACAGAUAUUGGUUUUGCCAGAGCGAAAUUAUAUUCACGGUAUGCAUUCUUACGUUGUGAAGAGGAGCGGGAACAAUUCUUGGUACAUUUACUCUCACUAAACGCUGUGGACUAUUACUCGUUUACCCGAAUGCUGACUCACGCUCAAUUGAUGUAUCAAGUAUUUAUCUGCAGUGGACGGAAACAUGGAUUUUCAUCUACCGCCACUGCUUGGGUGCGUCUUCAUGGCCAUCUCGGUUCCACUCCCGUCCUCCCUCUGAGUAGAGGAGAGAAUUUGUUAGAGUUCAAGCACACCAACCUCGGCUUGCUCUCCACUAUCCAGCUGGGUCAUGACAAUGCAGGCCCCACUCCAAAGUGGUUCAUCGAGUUUGUCCUCGUGUACAGUGCAAUUACCAACCAUUUGUACUAUUUCCCUUGUGGUCACUGGAUCGGCCGCGGCGUGGAAGACGAUGCUCUGAUGCGUAUUCUUAUCGGUGAGCGAAUACAUCUGGCUGAUCGAGACACACGCCUGAUUUUCACCGGACCACCUCGGGAUCCAUCAGAUCAAUUACAACGACCUCCUAAUCGUUGUCAGUCGCCUAGCUUGACACGGCGUGUAUCGGACAAUUCAAACAUGAGUGCGAUGGUAAUCCACGAACAAGUGGCGAAUGCGGUCAAUCAACUGCUCAAAUACUUUUGCAAAACGGUUCCCCGUCAAAAUAUGACCGGCCUAACCUCUCUGUGGUGUGGAGAUCGUGGCCUUGUGCCCUCCUUGCAUUUGGUAUUCAAUUACGGUUUCCGAUCUGUUCGCUUGUUCCAACGACGAGUCUACGUGUGGGACUAUUUCGAGAAAGUGGCUGCUGCCUUCGCCGUUGAGCUAGGCAUGUCUGCAUCGAAUCAUUCCACACCACCAUCGCCCAACACUGUCCACACUCCACAAACGGGUUCCGGACGUUUCUCCACACACAGUCUUCCUCGACCACCGCGCAACCGAUCCGUUCAGUCUGUUGGCUCUAUGACUCCAAAAACGAUCCAUCCCUCCCCCUCAUUUUCUCUGGUUCAGGAUCAGCGUAUUACGCAAUUAGAAGGGCUACCACAGUUUUCAAAACCAAUGCCUGGCACCUAUGCGCUUUCUCAGCCCAACUCUCCAGCAGUGAUGCGUGUUUUGACCUCCGUGAUGAUGCAACAACCGCAACAAUUCAAACACGAACAAACUAACUAUGACACAGCAGCGAACUUGACCGCUGCGAGCUGUCAGUCAAUCGCGUUGCUCAAGUAUCUCGCAGCCCAAUUUGUCGACCACGUACAACAAGUUUCUACGAGUGCGGCGCUAUUGGGCAAAGAAGGAAAGUUCCAGCGUUUCGUUUGUCGUGCGGCUCGUGAACAUCUUCUGGCCGGUUGGUUCUCCGUACUCGCUCUGAGUCCGAUAACAGGACAAAUGUACGACGCGAAAAGCUUUCUUCUCAAUCCCGAACUUCGUCUGGCUGUGCAAGGUCUUAUGGCUGCUCUGGACGAAUUCGAUUUCACACUGGAACCCGUGCUUCUGGGUGAAGAUUGAUCGCGAUUUGUCAAUUCGCAAUUCGGCUUUCACUCUAUCCAGUACAAUACUGUUAUUAUAUUGUUUUUCCUCUUUACCACUGAUAUUGGUUUUUACCUAUUGUCAACAGGUUUUAGUUUCCUGUGUUUAUGUCAAGCAGUGAACAGUUCUCUUGAUUUCAUGAUCUACUUCCAGCUGACCAAUGGAUAGACAGAGGAGGAGAGACACACACAAUACUUCCUACUAAUGCAUUUCCCCUGUUUUGCAUUAAUUUUUCUCUUGGUUUCCUCAUGAUUUCCCUGAUGUCAUGAUUUCGAAUCGCGCUGUUUUUUGAUACACGAAAUGAAUGUUUUUUCUUCUUCUGCUAGUCCGAGGCUGUCAGGUUCACACACACACACACAGGCUGCUACCGGAGUGUUGGCUUGAAAGAGUAACGUGUGCUUCGGUUCAUAAAGAGAAUGGAGAUUGCUCUAGUCCUGCUCUGUUAUCGGUUUCCUAUCACCGGUAUUCCAUGUUCC